AAGACGCCAGCUGGCAUUUCUUUCAUCAUCAAUGCGUCAUUGUCGAUGAUGAAAUCGAAAUCGUCUGUGUCUUCCCCAGCGACUGUGUUUCUCAAAGAUUUUGAUGCUCUUAUUGAAGAUUUCGUCCAUCUCUGAGACUCAAGCGAGUCAGCCUCUCUUUCUGUCUGUAGAUCUCACCAUCUUCUCUUCCCCCUUAUUCUCCACCGACAAUCCGAAUCUGGGCACAUUCUUCGUCUCCGGUUUGGAUUCUUGAUUCUGCGAAAUCAUGGCGAGGAAGAUGCUUUCAGAUGGAGAGCUUAGCAACGCGGCGGCGGCGGAGGAGGAAGCCACUGAGACUCGCUAUGAUUUUGAUUUGUUUGUCAUUGGUGCCGGGAGUGGUGGUGUUCGUGCUGCUAGGUUCUCGGCCAACAAUGGUGCCAAGGUUGGUAUAUGUGAGCUUCCCUUUAACCCAAUUAGCUCCGAGGAGAUUGGAGGUGUUGGUGGCACUUGAAGUAUAAGACGUGGCUAUGGUGGACUCGGUUUGCAAUGGUAAUAACUCUACUGCAAUUCCUUGGUGCAACUUACCUUAUGCUCCGUGUCUCCACUUUUGUUUCCCCUGAUGGCAUGCCAAGACAUUGCGUUUUAGGUAACACUUACUCUACCAACUUACUCUGGUGAUAUGUUAGACGAAGACACAUGUCUCUGGGCUUGUCUCUGCUCAGUAUCUUUAGUUUUCUGACUGGUGUGUUAUGCUUCUGUUGUACUUUUUGAAACAGAGGAUGCAAAGUUUGUGUCGUGUUAAAUCACAAAUGUUGUUUCUCAACU